GUUCAUUCAAGUCUACGUUGUGCCUUUGUCUGUCCAGACGCCUAGAUGCUCAACAUCUAAAUCACAGAGAGGAGCAGUCCUGUACUGACCGCUACUACAUCAAUACAGUUGGUGAUAAGUCAGGACCGAAGCCCUCCUCCGUAGCAACCUUUCUGUGGCAGUGCGUCUAAACUCGUCUUCGAAAGAAACCCAUUUUUUUUGUUCGUUUUUUGCCUCUGUUCAUUAUGUGUCUUCUCCUUUUAAAUCCAUUCUACAUAAAGAUAUGUUCAAGCCGGCCUCUAAUAAUUUCUCCUUUCAAAAUAAAGUCAUUGCAAGCUUCAGUGAAAGUAUUCUUAUCUCACACUGCCUUGUUCUUCUGUCACCAGUGUUAUCACGGACUAAACUCUACUUGCACCAUGAACUCUUUUGCCACAGCUCUGUGUUUCUUCUGUGUGGCGUACACUGCGGCCCAAACACUGCCGCCGAGAUGUAAGUAGUCGCGCAAUAUAGUUUGAGUGCAGAUAAGGACAUACGAAAAAAAAAAACACAACCUUUAUUUAACCCCACACAUCCCAUUCUCCCACAACAAUUUUCCUCAUUGGCUCCAUUUGAAAAAAAAAUACAAUAAAUGCAAUUUAAAUGAUACAUAUUGACUUAAUAGAACUUAAUACGAUCUAAUUUGUUUUGUUUACUACGUUUAAGCUAAAACAAAAUCUCAUUUUUUUUUCUUCCUUUGAAAAUUCUCUUGCAAUGGAGAAAAAAAUAUAUAUAUUAAAAAACGGUCUCCAUUAAAAUUAUUAUCCUUAAAUCGUUUGAGAGUCUUUCAAAAUGGGACAUAUAAACUAAAAGAAGCAUUUUGUUGUCUUCUAAAACGUCAUUGCAUAUUUAUUUCGAGACUAAAUAAGCCCAUUGUAACAUGCAGAUAAUGAUGUCCUGGCGGCGUUGGCCUCCACCCGUCAGUUCACAGUAUUUUCGGAUCUGCUGACCAAAUCAGGACUGCUUCCAAUAGUCAACAGCUGUAUGUAAUUGUAAUGUUGCUAAUGUAAUUUUAAUUGUGCCUAUGUAAUUGUAAUAUUUCGUGUGUAAUUUUGAUGUUGCAUAUACAUUUGUUACCACAAAAUUUCAUAUGUAGGUCUAUCGGUUUAUUUCUGAUCACUGUUCACUGGUAAAGUCCAAUUGGGUUUGGCCUUCGAGAUUGAGGUUAUUGGGGCAUUAGGGCAAGUUUAAUAUUUGUGGUAUUUAGGCAAGGGAAUUAUUUUGUGCAAAUUUGGCAAAUAAAAUAUUGGUGGAUAUUUGUCAAGGGAAAUAUUUGGGACACUUGGGCAAGAGAAUUAUUUUGAGCAUUUGAGGCAAACUAAAUAGCAUCAAAUAAUAAUUGUGUAUUAAUCUAAUAAGAAUAUUAUUCUUAUGACAAUUGUUUUACAAAAAGCACCAUCUUCCCCAUCAACCCCGUGUUAGUUGUGAUGCCACCGCUGUCAUCCAUCUGCCAUCGCUCCUCAUUUCAUUGAUAACUAUUUUGUCAACUUUCACCGUUUCCUCCUAACAAUCAACGGGGUCUCCUCCUCGAACCUCAGCCCUCCAUUUCACCGUGUUCGCCCCCACCGACAACGCCUUCGCCAGACUGCCCGCGGCCGACUUUGAGGCCAUCAAGAAUGACCCGGCCAAGCUGGCGGACGUCAUCGGCACCCACCUGGUGCUGACGUCGAAUGUCCACGUGGGGAACGUCCAGCAGGACGUCAGACUCAGUUCGUACAACCACCACCAGAUCCGACUCAACACGUACAACAUCGUGCACGUGAGUCUGGGUUGGCCGGGUUGACUCAACACGUACAACAUCGUGCACGUGAGUCUUGGUUGGACGGGUCCUCAAAGGUUAACAUAAACGACCCGGGGGGGGGGGGAGGGGGGGCGGGGAAUCGAAGUCUUGGAGAGUUGGGUACUCAACAGUUAUCAGUGGUGACAGGUGAAAAUGAGUUUUGGCUAGUUGGGUAGUCAAAGGUUAACACUGAUGACGGGGGAAAGUGAGUUUUGGCUAGUUGGGUACUCAAAGUUUAACAGUGGUGACCCGGGGGGGGGUGGAGGAAACAUGAGUUUUGGCUAGUUGGGUGCUCAAAGGUUAACACGGGUGACGGGGGGUGUCCAGGCUACAGCACAGUGCGUUGUGAGAAAGAGCACAAACGUUUCAUUAAAAGACCAAUGAAUGAUUUUACUGAAGUUAUCGAUAGAGGAGAAAUUAAACAGUGGUUAAAUGGGAAGGAGUGGGGGGGGGGGGGUUGACACAAUUUUGUUACGACAUGUGUCCGCCCCUUUAUAAUUGAGUACGAACAUUGUUGAUAUUUUGAUCUUCGUAAUUUGUCUUUGUAACUAUGGAUGUACAAAAAACAAACUAUUUUAAUGUUAUUUAUAAUUGGAGCGAAAAUUCAUAAAUAAUUUUUAAAAUAGUCAGAGCUGCACCUCUGCCAAACUUGAUAAGAUUGUGACACAAGGAGUGUUCAUCCGCCUUUGGUAUAUAGUACAACUGCGCACCGCCUUUGGCAUAUAGUACAACUGCGCACCCCUUUUGGUAUAUAGUACAACUGCGCACCCCUUUUGGUAUAUAGUACAACUGCGCACCGCCUUUGGUAUAUAGUACAACUGCGCACCGCUUGGUCUAUAGUACAACUGCGUACUGCCUUGCAGCCGCGUUAUAUCAAUUAUAUACUGACGCUGCCAAUGACAGUGUUAAGUUUCCCUAUACAGGCGGUACUGCUUAAGAAUUUAACUUUGCCGUCCAAAGAGCAUGCAUCCCCAAUGUUCAGUUUUGUAUGCGUGCUUCGCUCGUCAUCUUAGUCCACAUAAACCCAUCUAUGCCACACUUUCUUUGACACACACAUUCCUUUAUUUCAUCACAAAUAAAAAAACAAUUUUCACACCCCCACCCCCCUUUCCUUCAGACCGUGACCGCUGACGGUGUGAACAUCACCAUCAGAAACAUCCCGGUCCUCCAUGGAACAGUCCACGGACUCGAUGGCAUCCUCGUGCCACCCACCACCAGCACGGCCCAGAUAAGUUUCAACCGGGCGGACUUGAGCAACUUCACGUCUCUGCUGGUCAGUGCAAACCUGCUCAACUUUUACACAGGUACGUCGUGCCGGAUCAGCGCUUCUCAAACUGUGAUGCAUUUUGUUAUUGCGGAUAAUACAGGAAGAUUUAACAAUAACACGUAAAAAAAUGUUUUGUGGAAUUAAAUUUUUUUAUAUUUUUUUUCACUUCGCUUUCUUUAAGAGCAAGAAUAAUAAUAUAUUUUUUAGAAUUCAUAUUGUGUAAACCAUUUGAACGAUGACAUCAUCGCUAAUCAUUCGUUUAAAGAAUGAAGAAUGUUUAUUCUAUUAUUUCUAUUAUUAAAUAUAGGAACCUAGAAUAAACACAGAUCUCUUUAUCACGUGGCUAUUUUGGGCCCAAACAUUCUAAUUAAAGAUAUUUUCAGACACGUCCACAGAACAAUUGCGUUGACAGUGGUGUCCCCCAAGUGCAUUGUAUCCAAUCAUAAUGGUAUUGUUGUCUUUAUUCUCUUGUAUGUUUUCAUCAUCUGACGUCAUUCCCUUGAUAUUUCCCCAGCUGACCAAGACGUCACGCUAUUUCUGCCUAACAACGAUGCCUUCAAGAGCUUGUCGCCCGGCGUCCUAGCUUAUUUACAAAGCCACCCUGCAGACCUAGCAGGUGAGAUGGGCAAGGGAGUGGAUGGGGGGGGGGGUCACAUUUCUGUGUCAUGGUGUCAAGCAUACUUGUUAUUGCUUGUCAUGUCGUUUGCUAGUCGUUAUUGCCCGGUCAUCUGGCGAUUGUCACGGUCUUAUCAAUAUUUUGUCAACUAACUGUCAUCCUCUAGUCUUUUGAUGUUUACCUUUCAUUAUUUUUAGUGUUAUCUAAAAUAUUUUACGGUUGCAUAUUUGUUAACACGCGUGUAAUUAUCUGUCACUGGUUUGCAACUUUCGUUAAUUUAUUUUCAUUAAACAUGUUCUUUUUAAAGAAACAAUCAAAUACCACAUUGUCAGAACUGCGACCAUCUUCAGCCUCGGUUUGAAGCAUAGUAUCACCUUGACCUCGGCUGACAAUAACCGCGACCAGCUGAUGGUUCUGGAAGAUGAUGGUGAGUCUUAUAUUAACCAUUGACUGUUUCUGUGUCGUAAAGAAAUUCACGCACCAGUUGGAAACAGUUAUUUGAAAUAGGAUGUCAAUGAUGUCGAUGAUGUCAAUGAUGUCAAUGAUGUCAAUACACUUGGAUAAUUAACUAUCCCAACAAACAAUUUUUUUUAAAAAUCCUUAAGAUACAACAUUAAGCUGCUAUCACACGCAAGUUAUUAAAGAUGUAUUUACAACUUUUUAUAUAGAUAUUUUAGAAUUUAGAAAUGAUGAUUUGCUAUGUCAUUAAUGAAAGACUUAUCGAACACUUAAAUCAUUAGUGUUAACUGAUGAUUAACUGUUGAUUACCUCUACAAAUAUCUGUUAUCUAUCUUAUUUUCGUCUCCGUCGUCAUCUGACUGAUUCACCCAUGAAUCAGGUCAUUUAAUUUAUUAAAACUAAAAACUGAAAACGGGAAGAGGAAAAAAAAACUUGAAUGUGAAAUAGGCUUAAUGUGUCCGCUCUAUCCUUCCCAGCCGGUGGUGUUUCCAUCAACACGGCCAAGAUUGUACAGAAAGACAUCAUCGCCACUGACGGAGUCAUUCACAUCAUCAACAAGGUGCUGCUUCCUCCCCGUGUGCUGGUCCACAUUGCUGACAGCGGAAUCGUCGUCGGUUGAACCAUCGGAACAGAUCAAAGCUCAACUCUGAAGAAAAUGUCAAUCAUCGAAUUGUCCGAUCAGACGAUGAAAUUGUCCGAUUAGACAAUGAAAUUGUCCGAUUAAAAAAAUAACGCAAAUAAAAACAUUAUUUAUCAACGGU